GCCGUGUGCGUGUGCGCGUGUGUCUGUGGGAGGGAUUUCACUUUGCUGAUAGUUGAGUCCAACGGUCAGAAAACUAGUGUAGAGCUGCGUGUGUUUUUGGCAGGUUUAUCAUGGAGUCGCUAAAGAAAAGUCACCUUUUUCGUUGCUGUGUCUUUCUGUUUUGUGUGCACCUACGGCUGGUUGUGACGGGGGACUGCCCUGCAGAUGGACGCACCUGGGUGCCCUUUCAGGACAAAUGUUACUACUUUGUCCAUGGGGAAGAAGACAAAAUCAAAAGCUAUACAUUUGAGAGAGCAAAAUCCCUGUGCCAACACCCCUUGGAGCUUUUGACCAUCCAGAGUGCUGAGGAAAAUGACUUUGUCGUUAAAUAUAGCCCAGCUGUGUGGAAAGGCCAAGUCAACGUGUGGCUGGGAAUGUAUUAUGACACAGACAAUGAAACUAUGAGGUGGUUCGGUGAGGACCCUGUGAGAUUCACCAACUGGGAGGGCGGCUCAUAUGCAUCAGAGCUUAUGCCCUUGGAGACGUGUGUGGCUCUGCACAGCAGCACAGGGAAGUGGGAAAAUGUCAGCUGUGUGGAUCAAGUGGAAAAUGGAGUCAUCUGUGAGACAUCUCAGAAGGCUGAAGACGCCAAGCAGAAGCCCAGCGUGCUGCUCUCCGCCCUGGUCAUUCUCAGCGUGGUGGCUAUCAUAGGAGUCUCAGCAGUUAUUUGGUUUUUGCACCAGAAGCACAGUCUUGGCACCUCUAUCCUCACAGCGUUUGAGUACCACCCUCCGUUCCGAGUCCUGGACACAGAUCGGUCCUGCCUGGUGGAGGCUGAGGAGACCGAUGCCAUGGCAUAAGAGAACUCUCUCCACAGUAGGAAUCUCCAGUCCCUCUUCACUAGGUGGGUCUUCAUGCAAAGAGAAGUCUACUCUUACAACAGUUACUGAAGUGGUUUUUGGGUUACAACAUGUCACUGUCACAAAUCAGAUUAUGUAGUGUGAGGGUGAGAAAACUAAUGCCAGGCUUACUCUGAUUCUAACCUCUUCACUGUGCCCCAUAAGCAUCUCACUGCUUCCUGCUUUUUUUUGUCAUCUGCACUAAUGAAGAAUCUUCUGCAUAUUUCUGAGAUUGGUGGAUUUUCUUCAGCAACUAUAUUCUGUAUAUAUCACCUGUCCACUGGGUAAAACAUCAGGUUCUUCUCAGACACUGUUCAUUAUUUCUGAAACUCACCAUUUCUAAUUAAAAGAGUUACAGAUUAAUGUAAGAGCAAAGGUAUUUAGUAUUGCAUUUAAUAUUUGCGUUACUGUGUUUUGAAGUUGGGGGGGGGGUAACAAAGUUGGGAAAGAUACACUGAACUCAAACUAAUGCAUAACCACAUGGAUCCUCCCCUUAUGAAUGUGAUCUUCAGUUUUUGUUCAGACUGUUUUAGAGAUGCAUUGAUUCAACUGUAUGUUGAAUUUUAAAGCUUUUUAUAUUUUAUCCCAAUGAUGAGUAAAUGACCUUUAUGUUUAAAGUCUUUGAAGUUUCCCUUUAAGCAUUAUUUAUGCUGUCACAGGCACAUAUGAAUAACUUCAUCUGAACAAAAGCCCAUCUUGAGGAUGAACAAUUGCAUGGUUACUCUGCUCAUGUAAAUGUAACUGGUGAAGCGGAGUUGCACAGUGGAUAAAGCUGAUCUUUUUUCUUUGAGGUAUCCUAUUGAAAUGAAAUACAACCCGAUGCUGCCGCAGGUAUAUAUGCAGUCUUUCAUGUGGACUUAGUAAAAAGCAUGUUUCCCCCCUUUUUGUUGUGACAAGGUAUGAAACGAACAAAGGUAUAGCCAGUAAGUAUGAAACCGUCUACAUUCGUUCCAGGAUAUUUUCUAGGUGGCUAUUGUGAUAAUACUUUCUGUUCACAGUUCAUCUGUCAUUUGCUUAAAUGGUCUAGAGAUAUGUUAUGGGUUUUCGCUGAAUGUCCUUUCUUUCUGCCGUGUGGAAUGUAAUCCUAGCAUUAUUUUUAAGAGAGCGGUCAUGAUCUGGGAAAUUACUCCUGUGACACUGACAAUCAAGAUAGAAAAAUUAUGGAAUACCUAAUAGUGUUUAUAUACAAUAUUUUCAACAGCAUGAAUGCUUUUGUGCAAUAUCUGAUAUUAAUUUGGCAGAAUCUGAGCCCCUGUAUAUAUCUUAUAAUAAAGUCUGUUUGUUAAAAAGGA